AUGGUUCUUGAUGCUGCUGGAGUCGACACUGACGCGGACGAGGCCUCACACGACAGUUGGGCUGCUCGAAAAAGCAUUGCAGUCAAAUCCUGCAUGACAACGAAGUACAAGAAGCAUCAGGGCGAUCCAUGCAGUCAGUACGAGGUGCUCACGCAGUUAGAGGUGAUGAACCGCAGUAUCUUACCGUUGGAGCCGAACUGGAGUCAAAGACAAAGCGCAGGGCAACACGGCAGUCUUCGUCGAGAGUGCGGGACGACUUGGACAUGCAGCUGGACACGAAGGCACCGCGCCGCUCGCCAAUGCGGUGGUUUGCAGCGCGGUGGGGGCAGUUGUGGUGUCGGGAAGCGCCCAGAAUCGGAGGCACCCUCGCCGCUGCUGUUGCUUUUCGGUCGUAGCGAGGAAGACUUGAGUCGAUGUGGGAAGUAG